GCAUCCGGCGUGACCGUCAUGUGCUGUGCGUUCAGCCCCUGCGGGACGAUGCUGGCGGCCGGCGGUACAGACUGCGCCUGCUACCUCUGGCGGUGGCAGCCGGCGGCAGCGCCAGUGGGCGCGCAGGACUCGCAAGUUCCUGCAGCUGCCCUUGCGGCCGGGCGUGAAGAUGGUGCGGCGGAGGAUGGCGGCGGCGGCGGCGGCGGCGAGCAGCCCGCGCGGGCGGCGGCGGGCGGGAUGAGGGUGCCUUGGGGAGAGCCGGAGGCGGUGGCAAGGCUGACUGGGCACAAAAAUGACGUCACCCAGAUCAAAUGGAGCCACGGCGGCACCGCGAUGGCCACCGCGUCGCGCGACGGCACCGCGCGCGUCUGGCGCGUGUCCGCCCCCCGCGGCGGCCGCCGCCGCGGCGCCGGCCCGCCCGGCGCGGCGGGCCCCGACCACCAGCGGUGGGAGGAGGCGGUCACACUGCAGUGCGCGCCGGCGGAGCGCCCCGCGUGCGCCGGCGGAGCAGGGACGGCGGCCGCGGCAACAGCGCAGCUGGCGCAGCAGCAGGCGCAGGCGCAGGCGCAGGCGCAGGCCCACAGGAAGCGGCGGCCGCCCGCGCCGCUGGAGGUCAACCAGGUGUCUUGGACCCUGGACGACGCCACGAUCCUCGCGGCGGUGUCGGACUGCACAGUGCGCGCGUGGUGCGCGUCCAGCGGCCGCCAGCUGCACUCGCUGUCGGUGCACAGCCGCCCCGCGCACCUCGUCGAGGCUCACCCCUUCCACCCCCGGCUUGCGCUGAGCGCCGGCUACGACGGACUGCUCGCGAUCUGGGAUGCACGGACGGGCGAGGUGCUCAGGAUGUGA